AUGCAAACACUCAUCGGCGUCCUCGUCUUCUUCAUCUUCGCACUCAAUACACAAGCUGGUGUCACUCAGAAAGAUUACACCGGUAUCGGCAACAUCUACGUCCUCAAUUCGAGUGACUGGCGCACGGCAUCGCCCACAAGUGACAGGAUUGGCUGUCUGAGCGAGUACGGCAAGCUCGUUUCGACAGAAACCAAAACAGCAUGCGGUACCUUCACGAGGAGCGACGUGUUCCCUUACACGCUGUCAACCAAACAGGGCAACUGCACCUUCAACGAUGAGUCGCAGGAACGCAACACGGAUAGCGCGUAUGGCGCAGGGGACCACGCAUGGAACUGUAAUGCAACAUACGUGUCGGACAUCUACGACCAGUUGUACACGAUCGAUGGGUUUCCGCAUGUGUUUCUGUGUUUCGGCGACGUUGCGUGCUACUAUGAUGCUAAGAAGUCGCCUGGACGCAACGAGAAGUUGUCGCUCUGGCAAUAUCACUGGGGUUCGCAUCAGAUUGGUAUCACUCCUGGUCAUAUCCAGCUACUUUUGUUGUGGGAUAAGAUAGGGGAGCUCCCCAAGAGGAAAGAUGUGAAUGGAAUUCCGGGACCGCGCGUAAGGCUUGUGGAUGGUUUGCAAAUACCGCUGUUGGGACAAGAGACAAAGCUCUGA